CCACCAAAAAACAUAACAAACCAGAAGGCAGCAAUGGGUGGUACAUGUGAAGUCCCUAUUUCUCGUCUUCUCCUCUCUUCAACCAAAGCUUCAAAUGCAAAUCCCCAUAAACCCUCUGCAAAUUCUGUAAUUCCCAAAACUACCAGACGCUUCUUACUCUUCUCUCUCCCUCUAUCUACUCUCUCUGCUACUGCUCUUCUUCCUCUAAGCACCGAUAACGCCGUUCGACUCACUUCUCCUUCUGUCUUCGCGGCGAGCUUUGAUCCCGUGAGUCAGGCUGAGCGGGACGCAAGUACCUCCGUUUCUCGGAGAAUAUCAGAAGCUGUGGGGUUGUUGGAGAAAGGGAGGGAAUUGCAGGCUCGGGGCGACUUUAGCAAAGCUCUUGACUACUUCACUCAAGUGGUUCAAAAUUACAAAGAAUUUGCAUUCUCGGAGUAUGCAAGAGUGGGGCGAGCAUUGGCUCUAUAUGAGGUUGGAGACAGAGAAGAAGCCAUUGCUGAGAUGGAAGAUGUUUCUAUAGCUUUAAAGGGAUAUCCAGAGAUACACGCAGCUCUUGCGGCAGCCUUAUAUGUGGACAAGCAUGCUCCACUGCUAGCAGAAAAUCAGUUCACAAUUGCUACCUUACUUGAUCCUCGAUAUGUAGACGUCUCGUAUGUGAAAGAAAUGAAGCACUGGCCGCCGAGUUUGGUUAGUUCUUUGCAGCACUUCAUCACUCUUUCUUAGUAAUUUCUGUUGUAUAUAGAUUCUUACCUUGAAAUACUAGUGCCAGCCUCUUAGCAUUUUCUAGUGCCAAAUUUCUAAGACUGUUUGCCGCUUUGAUAAGUCAAGAUUUACUACAACAAAUAUGGCAUUGAAAAUGACAUAUGCACAUGGCUGACACUUUCUUCAUUGUUUUCCCUCUUUUGUUUGUAUUAUCUUCUUAUUGUAUGAGCGAUAUGUGGGAUAGGGAUUUGUAGAUACAUAUACGUACAUACAUAUAAAACAAUAGUUGUUAUAAUAUAUACGUUUCUGAUGUAAAUUUGGUUGUCAUGAGUAUCUAUUUACGUCU